ACUCCUUCACUUCCAUUUCACUGUUGUCAGCGUCGAGAGAAAUCGAACGAAACAAUGGGUGAUCUCGAGAGAAUGGGUAGAGAACUCAAAUGCCCCAUCUGUUUGAGUUUGCUCGAUUCCGCGAUUUCACUCACCUGCAAUCAUCUUUUCUGCAACUCAUGCAUACUCAAAUCUAUGAAAUCUGCAUCUGCUUGUCCUGUCUGUAAAAUACCCUUCACCCGUCGAGAGGUUCGCCCUGCUCCUCACAUGGACAACUUGGUCACCAUCUACAAAAACAUGGAAGCUGCUUCUGGAAUCACCAUGUUUGUCACCCAGAAUAAUCUACCUCCUAUCAAAUCAUCAGAUGAAGAAAAGCGAUGUGAAGGUGAUGACGACUCUGGUAAGAAGGAAGCUGGUGGAACUAUUGAAAAUGAUGCAAGGGGGGAAAAUACCCUCGAGAGAAAGAAGUCAAGGAAGAAUACUAAGACCAGCGUCGAAAGUUCAGGUUCUGACAUUGCAAAACCUUCUUUUCCAGCUAAGAAGAGGGUCCAGGUGCCACAAAAUAUUCUUUCAGAAACUCCAUUGAAGGAUUUGAAACUUGGAGGACCUCUUAGUGAAAUUGACAGGGAGGGAACAGAAAGGGCUUCGGUAGUGGCAAACAUAAGGCCACACCAAACUCAAAAAGAUGAUAAUCUUCUUACACCUUUCUUUUGGUUAAGAGAGGAGGAAAACAAUGAUAAGUUAAGUCAGCGCUCCAAUGAGGAUCAAUUUAUUGAUGGCCCAACACCAGUUCCUCCUUCAUUCAGUGAUCUCAAGGACUCUGAUGAUGAAAACCCUUCUGAAGUGGCUCCAUUAGAUGAGGUGCAAAAUAAAACAUCUGUUGAUUUAUUUGAUAGUGAGAUGUUUGAAUGGACACAAAGGCCAUGCUCCCCUGAAUUAUUUUCAAGUCCCGUCAAAAUGCAGGUUGAGGAUAGUGUUGAGAUUGAUGAAACUCAAGAGGAAUUGACAGCAGCCUCAGAAAAGCUGGAAACAAAUAAGUUAAGUGCUGAUGCUGGCAAUGCACUAUCUGAGAAUCUCAAAGAAGGAAAUAAAUUGGCUGAUGUGUUACCAUCGGGUGUGUCUUCUCCUCAAGUUAAAAGUUCUGAUGUUCUAAAUGCAAUAAAGAAGCCUACAAAGAGAAGCAGGAAGCCCAGGGGAAAAGCUAUGCAAAAGCAGAUUGGGGAACAAAAAAUCUUAAUUGAUGGAAUGGACGCUGUUCAAAAUGUACCAUUGAAAGUUGCUAGGAAGCAAGCAUCGGACAAUAAGCACAGUAGAAGGGGCAAGAGGGUGUGCUUCAGUACUCAUAUUGAUGAAAAUCAAGAGGAUUCACCAUCUGAGAAGUUGGAAACAAGUAAGUUAAGUGCUGACGCUGGCAAAGAAGGAAAUAAAUUGGCUGAUGUGUUACCACCAAGUGUGUCUUCUCCUCAAAUUCAAAGUUCUGAUGUUCUAAGUGGAAUAAACAAAUCUGCAAAUAGAAGCAGGAAGGCCAGGGGAAAAGCUAUGCAGGUUGAGGAAAAUCAAGAGGAAUUGGUAGCAGCCUCAGAAAAGCUGGAAACAAAUAACUUAAGUGCUGAUGCCGGCAAUUCACUAGCUCAGAAUCAGAAAGAAGGAAAUAAAUUGGCUGAUGUGUUACCACCGAAUGUGUCUUCUCCUCAAAUUAAAAGUUCUGAUGUUGUUCUAAAUGGAAUAAAGCAGUCUACAAAGAGAAGCAGGAAGGCUAGGGGAAAAGUUAUGCAAGAGCAGAUUGGUGAACAACAAAACGCAAUUGAUGGAGUGGACGUUGAUCCAAACAUGCCAUUAAAAGUCACUAUGGAGCAAUCAUCGGACAAUAAGCACAAAUCUUCUAACCUGGGGAAGUCUAUUAGAAGGGGCAAGACGGUUUGCUUUAAUACCAGUAUAAAUCCAACACCUCAAACUACUUGUACAGUCUCCAAUAACUCAGGAGUUCUAAGUGAUGGUGAAUUGAAGAUGGCUAAGAUUUCACGUACCUCACCGUCUAAACAAGAAAAUGAGAAGCAUUGUCCUCAGGAGCUUGUUGGAAGACACCACCUGAAAAGAUCUGGAAAACAAAAGCUGGACUAUGUGCAGGUACUAGCUGAAGAUUUAUCUUCAACGCAAAGCCCAACCAAUGAGUUUGCUGGUUCUGAUUCAUCUCUGCAGAUGUAUAGUAGUGAAAAGGCCUCUAAUAGCAGGCAGAGGAAAAACAAAAUUUCCAGAAAAUCUUCAUCUUGCAGUAAAGAAUCGAGGAGUACUAAAAAGUUGAAACUUUCCUCUGAUUGUAUCUCUAAGACUAAAACUGGUGAAGAAAUUCAACCUAAUGAAAGUAUUCUGCAAGGUCCAGAUGCCGGCGUUUUGAGUGAAACAUCAAAAGAGAAACAUCGUCCUUUGAUGGAUGAAAGAAUUUUAAGGAGAUGUGAGAGCCAUGUUAAGAAGUACCAAUGUGUUUUUUGUCUCUUAUCAGAAGAAUCAGAGGCUUCUGGACCAAUGGUGCAUUAUUUUGAUGGCAAGCCUGUACCUGCAGAUUAUGAAGGAGGAUCUAAAGUCAUACAUUGUCACAGGAGCUGUACAGAAUGGGCCCCCAAUGUAUAUUUUGAAGAUGAUAAUGCAAUAAAUCUUGAAGCUGAAAUAAGUAGAAGUCGAAGGAUCAAAUGUAGUUUUUGUGGAACUAAAGGGGCUGCACUCGGCUGCUAUGAGAAAAGUUGCCGUAAGAGUUUUCAUGUUCCUUGCGCCAAGUGGACUUCUCAAUGUCGCUGGGAUAUGGAAAACUUUGUCAUGUUAUGCCCUCUACAUGCUUCCUCCAAGUUGCCCAAUGAAAGUUCAGGAUCCCAAGAAAGGAGCAAGAAAGGCACUGGAGAGGGUAAAAGCCGUGGUUUCAAACAUGACACUAAAAGCCAAACUCGGACUGCUCAUGGAUCAUACAAGAAAAUCAUACUGUGUUGUUCUGCUCUAUCCAUGCAGGAGAAGGAUGUUGUUUCUGAAUUUGAAAGAGCAACCAAAGUUACAGUUUUGAAAAAUUGGGAUUCAAGCGUCACCCAUAUUAUAGCAGCAGUAGAUGAAAAUGGGGCAUGCAGAAGGACCCUCAAAGUAUUAUUGGGCAUCCUGGAGGGAAAAUGGAUUCUCAAUAUUGAUUGGAUCAAGGCUUGCAUGAAGGAAAUGGAACCUGUUGAUGAGGAGUCUUAUGAAAUUAACCUUGAUAUCCAUGGAAUCAGGGAUGGCCCUCGGCUUGGAAGACUUAGAGUUUUGAACAAGCAACCAAAGCUUUUUGAUGGCUACAAGUUCUAUUUCAUGGGAGAUUUUAUGCCGUCAUACAAGGGCUUUCUGCAAGAUAUCGUGAUCGCUGCUGGAGGGCUAGUUCUGCAUAGAAAACCAGUGCUAGCUGACCAUCCUCACCAAACCCUCAUAAUUUACAGUCUUGAGCUUCCUAAUAAAUGCAAUCCUUCAGAAAAGGAUACAAUUUUCAGCAGAAGACGAAGUGAUGCAGAAGUUCUGGCAAGUUCUACAGGUUCAAAGGUUGCAAGUAAUACAUGGAUUCUUAAUUCAAUUGCAGCCUGCAAGCUGCAAUGCCUUGCUCAAUAAGUUUAUAUAUGUUUGAGGUCAUUUACAUGCACAUGAUCCCAUAUUAGUGUUUUUCCCUUUUCUUUAUUUAUCAGGACAAGUUAAAAGUAACAUUUGCAGUAUCAUGCAAAAUAUAUAUACCGACUGUAAUGUGCUUUUGCCUGUUCUUUUUUACUUAUACUGUCCUACUUUGGUGUAAUAUAUCUGCGACUGUACUUUAUAUUCUGUACUAGACAUGAUGCCAUGAAAAUGAUUUGUAGCGUAAGAGUUGCUGUAA